AUGGCUGCGGGUUUCUUGAAAUCCGGCGAUUUGGGUCCACAUCCGCACAGCUAUGGCGGCCCACAUCCACAUCAUUCGGUGCCGCAUGGGCCGCUGCCGCCAGGAAUGCCAAUGCCUUCGCUGGGACCCUUCGGAUUACCCCACGGCUUAGAAGCUGUUGGGUUCUCCCAAGGUAUGUGGGGUGUGAAUACAAGAAAGCAAAGACGUGAACGAACAACAUUUACGCGCGCCCAACUGGAUGUGCUGGAGGCGUUAUUCGGCAAGACCCGCUACCCGGACAUCUUUAUGCGAGAGGAAGUUGCGCUGAAAAUCAAUCUACCCGAAUCCAGAGUGCAGGUUUGGUUCAAGAAUCGACGCGCUAAAUGUCGCCAGCAACUCCAGCAGCAACAGCAAUCCAACAGCCUUAACAGUUCGAAGAAUGUCAACUCCGGCUCUAGCUCCUGCUCUUCAUCGCGCAAUACAUCGAAUAAUAAUAGUAACAACAACAAUUCCAGCUCAUCCAAUGCCAACAAAUCAAGUUCGCACUCAUCGCACUCGACGUCUGGCAGCGGUGGCAGUGGCAACAAAUCGAGUAACUCCUCGGGCGCUGGCGCCCAUGUGAACAACUCGAAUAGUGGGGGCGGCUCAUCCGCAGCAGCCGCCGCUGCCGCCGCCGCAGUCGCACAGUCGAUUAAAUCCCAUCAUAGUUCCUACCUGAGUGCGUCCUCUUCCGGCUCAGCGAUAACGCCCACCUCCGGCUCGAUCGUAUCGUCGCACUCGCACUCAUCACACCCGCAUCAUAUGUCAGCUGCCGGCGGCAUUAAUUCACUUGCGUCCGGUCCGUCGGUAGCAACAGUGAAUUCACUGAACGCUUCAGUUGCCGCACAUCAGAAUUCGUCACCGCUGCUGCCCACACCCGCCACCUCUGUCAGCCCCGUUAGCAUUGUGUGCAAGAAGGAGCACAUUAGCGCUGGCUACCCCAGCGGCCCGGUCGCGCAUGAUGGCUCCUUGCGCUCCGCCUACGAUUCGUUGAAGGAGGGCGGCGGCGAUAUUAGCAGCAGUGCUGCGCAUCAUCACAGCAUCUAUGGCACAGCGGCAGCAACGAAUCCACGCCUAGUCCAACCCGGCGGCAAUAUAACGCCGAUGGAUUCCAGCUCUAGCAUAACGACACCUUCUCCGCCCAUUACGCCCAUGUCGCCGCAGUCGGCCGCCGCAGCAGCGCACGCCGCACAAAGCGCACAGUCGGCACACCACUCUGCCGCCCAUUCAGCGUACAUGCCCAACCAUGAUUCGUACAAUUUCUGGCAUAAUCAGUACCAACAGUACCCCAAUAAUUACGCUCAAGCGCCGAGCUAUUACUCGCAAAUGGAAUAUUUCAGCAAUCAGAAUCAGGUCAACUACAACAUGGGUCACACCGGCUACAGCGCAUCGAAUUUCGGUCUAUCGCCUAGUCCCUCCUUCACCGGCUCCGUGUCCGCGCAGGCCUUCUCGCAAAACAGCCUGGACUACAUGUCACCACAAGACAAGUACGUGAAUAUGGUGUAGAAUCUGCUGAU